AUGGAUACCGUAUCUUGCUGUUCGUCAACAUCAGCAUCAUUAUCCUCAAAUUCAUCACCAUGUCGUUAUGCAAUACUAUCUAGUUGCCAUAUAAAAAAUGAUCUGGUUUUGUCAUUACCUGAAAUUCAUGUUGAUGUUAAAUUGCCCGAACGAUCUAUUGAAAUUUCACCAAAUAAUCAAUCGUGUGAAUUCAUCUGGUCACUAGGAUUUCAUUUGUGCUAUUACAAUUUAUUACAUUCUUGGAAACAAUUCCAUAGGAAGUUGUUCAAACAGUUCAAUACUGUAUCAUUCAAUAAUUCAUCAAAUACAAGUGGUCAAUUGUUAGUCCCUACAAUCAACAAUACUACUGCUACUAAUACUAUUGAACUAAAUAGUAGUAAUGGUUGGCAUUUCAGCAUAAAACCAAUUCAGUCAUACUUUCAAUUCCAUUUUAAACUAUUAACAAGUAAACAUUUUAUCAUAGUACGUGUAAAAAAUACCUCAUUUCAAUAUAAUUCAAAGACAAUAACUACUACUGACAGUAACAUUAGCAGUAGUAAUGGCAGCAAAAACAGAGAAGUUUUGUUAACGAAUAAUACUAAUAUGGAUGAUGAUAACAAUAAAAAUGAUAUCGGUUGUAUUGUUUCUAGUCGAUUGAAAGUGAAUUGUGAGCAUGCAGUGAUUAUGUGUGAAGAUCAAACAAUCGCUGUAUUUCAGAAUUUAAAAAUACGUCAAAGACCAGAAAAUAUUCAACAUCGUACAGAACAUUUAAAAAUGGGUUUACUUACUCGAGCCAAUCCUUCUUGGGAAUUUUAUAUGGAUCUAUUUUACGUUACAUUUCCAUAUCGAUAUAUAUUUCGUGAUAUUUAUCAAGAGGCGUCAUGUGUCAGAAAAUUCUUACUUAAACUACACUCUGGUAAUAUUACAUAUUUUCAUUUUGAAAUAUCUUCAUCGUCAACUGCUCGAAAAGAUUUUAUACAACCGUCAACAUCAUAUAUUAAACAGGAUAGGAUUAUUCAUAUCAAAAAAUUCAUUAUUGAAAUUAAAGAUGAUCCAUUCGAAUGUAAAUUAAACGAUAUUCAUACUAUUUUGUUGGAUGAAUUCGCUAUUCACGAGAAACGUGUAAAUACAUUACGUGAACAGUUUAACAGAGCGAUCCAUUCAGGCAUACGUGUUACCGAUGAAGAACGUCAAGCAUGUUUCACUCGUAUAGAAAUACAGCGUGCUCAAGAUUAUCGUAAUCGUUUACAUCGUUUCUAUCGUGAUUAUGCUUUUUCCGAUGAAUUAUUCACAUUUACUAUGGAUAAUCUAAAAAUCAAAGCAUUAGCUGAUGAAAGUAUUACACAUGGUGAACAAGUCAUAGCACAAAUGAAAAUUAUGGAUAGUGACAGUCCAUGGCCAAAUCUUACUGAACAAGAUUUUUCUACUUUAUGGUGUCGUAUUAUUACAAUGAAUGUUGAACGAUGGCGCUUUCAUCUACGUGAUUAUCCUAAACCAUGUUUGAAUAUAACCGAUCUUUUUCUAUGGGGUAAAUUAGUUGUAUCUGAACAGUUGGCUGAUAGUAAAGGUCAGCGUAAAGUUCCCAUUGAACCUGGUUAUCCGUGGCCAAAUUAUACACUGAUUCGAUCCAGUUCACCAACUAAAUUCUAUUAUGAUUUAAAUGCAGAUGUAAAAUCUUUUCAUAUAUGUUAUGGUGCUAAUUGGGAACCAACUGUAUCAUGGUUUAAUCAACGUUUAGAUGAUAUUAAACCAUUAACAAAAGACAAAUCUUAUCCACCAUUAGGUUGGUGGGAUAAAAUACGUUUACUAUUUCAUGGUCAUUUGUUAUUUGCUGUUGAUACAAUGCAUUGGUCAUAUUCAACAAGUUUAAGUCCAUAUAAUACAACGGAAUUUUUCACAUGGCAAUGGAAUCGUACUGUUGUGCAUUGGGAAAAUGGAGUUAUAAGAAUUGAUGGUGAUUUAGAUUUGGUCUAUCAAACUGCAUCAAAAUAUGAUGGAAUAUGUCGAUUAUUUCAUAUACCACAUUUAGAAAUGACAGUGAAAUUAGACUGGCUAUCAUUACGUGAUCCAAAUGAUCACCACUCAGGAACAAACUCAGCACGAUUCCUUCAAAUACUUUCGGCGAAUCGUUUAGCUAUGGAUAUUAACUUCACCGUAAAACCACCUCCAACUGGAUCAUCUACUAUGGAUCAAAUACCUUGGUGUUCAUUCUAUACAAGUGUAUUGAAAUUUGCUGAUAAACUACGGAAUUGUCUGUCACAAAUUCCUCGUCCUAUUCGUCGUGGUUCUUUAUAUCAAUAUAAGCCACCAAGAAAGCCACAUUUUGGACGUCUACUUCAAUCAUUAGAAUUUAGUAUUAACAUGCCCCAAUUAGAAAUCAUCUUUUGGGUCUCCUAUGCUAAACGUACUGGUGUUCAUGUUACUACUGGACCAAUACAAAUUAUUGGCAAAUUAAAAUGUAAAAUAGAAAAUGAGGUUAAAUUUAAUCGAUUAAUUGGAAAAUUGAACACUUCAUUAGCCUCAUCUUCUACGUCUAUAAUCGUAUCAGGUGGUGAAUCAAUCCCAUUAGAUACUACCACUACAUCUAAUCUCAAUGAACAAACAACUAUUCUACAUCCAUAUGUAAUGAUUCCACCAAGAUUAUCAAUUCAACGUAAUGGUUUAUCAAGACGUCCUAUUGUUAAUUGGAGUGUUUUGAAUUUAUUCGCUAGUGUACAUGAUAUUGCAAUACAUUUAAGACAUAGAGAUAAUCUUCCUGGUCCUUUAAUUCAAAUGUUAUUACAGUGUAUGAAUACACACCAGAAUUGUACUAAUGAUAUUAGUAGCAAUCAUCAGUUAAACCAUCAUAAUUUCAGCAUUCAUGACAUAGAACAACUGGAUACUAAAGAAAUGAAUAAUGAUACUGAAGCAUUUAUUCUAGUCCCAUUAUUACGUUAUCAACAACUUUGUCCAACUGUUCUCCCGUCAAAUAUAACUGUACGUGUGCAUAUACCUGGACCACGAUCUACUACAAUGACAUCUGUUACCAAAUCUACAACUAAAACUACUAUCAAAGAAAAUAGUAAUAUUUAUAACAAUAGUUCUGGAAAUACUAAUCUCAGUCCUUCUAGCAUUGAAUGUCAUCUAGUUGAAUCCAUAAAGAAUAAUACACCUAUCAAUUCUACGUCUACAAUUACUGAGAAUAUAAGUGCGGAUGUUACAUCGACAUCACAUGUUGAUGAUGAGAAAAAAUUGCCAUUCAGUCAUAAUAAUAACAACCGUACUACUAAUCAUAUACCAACCCCUAGGUAUAACUCUACUGCUACACCCUGCAGUAGUAACAAUCAGUUGACACAUGAAGAUCUCACUCCUGUUCAUCAUCUUGAAAUACAUGAAUUUAAAAUGCGAUGGACAGAACAACAUAGGAAUCUUGUUUACAUUCUAAUGGAUAGUUAUCGACAUGCUCAAUCGUUGAAAAAGAAUUUAUCAGCUCGUGCACUACAUGGAUUCAGAUUACAUCCUGGCGGUAGUAGUAAUGGUCAUACAACAACAACAAUGACAAGUGGUGGCGGUGGCACAGCUCUUAGUCGAAAUGCUCGUAGUGCGAUUCAGUUAACAAACAGUGUUAAUAAUAAUGGUUGUAAAUUAUUAAACUCUACGGAUAAACGUCCAUUAUCUACUGUUAUUCAACAAACUGAGUUAUGUCAUUUAUCUAAAUCGACUAAAUCAAAUUAUAAUGAUAAUUAUCUUCUGACGAAAAUGCCUACAUGUGAUGAAGUGUUACCAGAUAAUAUCGACAUGUCAUCAAAUGCUGUGACUAUGGUGACGGCGACAACAACAACAAAUAAUAAUAAUAAUAACUCAGAAAUGGAGGAAAAUAAUUAUGAUCAUGUAUAUUUGUCAGCAAACUCAUCACCAUCGUCUGAGUCGAAUAAAACGAAGUUAACGUUUUUUAAACAGAUACCAAUGUUGGCGCAGUUAUUAGAGGAAGUGGAUACAGCACGUUUUUAUGCUUAUUGUGAAGAAGAACCCAAACAAACUGAUGUAGUAUCACAACUACAAGGUUUACAUAUCUGUGCGUCUAGUUUAGUUGCUGAACGUAAUUGGCAUUUGGAAUUAAUCAAUCCUCAAUUAAUGUUGAAAACAAAUCAUUUAGCCGGUUAUGUCUUAGUGUCCGCAGCCAGAGCCAAGUUGGAUGCGUUAACUCAUCCACCGAUAUGGAAAGAUUCACAAUUGUUGAAUAAAUCUAGUUUAGUUGGACAUUUGGAAUGUAUGCAAUAUUAUGCUACUGUUGGACAAGUGAGUAAUCUUGGUUGUGGUAGUGAAAGAAGUGACAAAGUGGCCAUCCACUGCUUCCAAGUUCUUCCAGAAACACCUGAUCAGUGGUUAUCUACAGCUGAUGUUAGUGAUUGGACUCAUCAUAAUUUAAAUGCUGAUGAAGAUGCAUUAAGUGGACGACCUGAAGUAGUAGGUUGUGGUAGAUCCGUCGGUGGUGUAGUUACAGCAUGUGUUGGUUUUCCAAAAAACACCUUCAAACAACAAUAA